AUGGGCAACCUUCCAAUUUUCAGCGAACACGGCGUUGCCUUCGAGAGGGCCAUUGUGAAACACUUCCAGACCCGCAUCUUCGUUCCGGACGAUUAUGUAGUUGAGUAUGGCGACACUGGGCUGGAGAUGUUCAUCAUAAAGGACGGGGCAUGCCGCGUGACAACGGGAGACGGCAAGGUGGAGCUUGCUUUUCUAAAGGCCGGCGACUACUUUGGCGAUAUCGACAUGAUCCUGGGAGUGCGGCGAAUAGCCGCCGUGAAGACCAUAACUUACUGCACGCUGCUGGUGCUAAAGAGGUGA